UCUUUGAGAGAACAUGUAAAUAAAUAUUAAUUAAAAAAAAAACAAAUUAGUUGAAUUUAAGACUCUAACAUUAUAGUAUUAUUUCAUUCACAAUCAAAAUAACAAAGCCGACAGAUACUUAGCUUCUGGAUUUUAAAAACCCAUUUAAACUUGGCUUCUUUUAUCAUUAUAAAGGCAUGAAUAAAUUUUGUUUGCAAACAAAUCAAUUGAGAUUUUACCGACAAACAAUGUUUCGUUUAUUUUAGAGUAAAAUAAGACAACAUUGGCUGCUAAAUAAAAUUGUUAUAUGUACCUAAGGACAACAAAUUUAUAGCAAUGACUCCAGAUUUAAAAACCUUAAAAGAAGAUAUCAGAGCAAUAUUAAUCUCUUCGAAAAACGGAUUGUCCAUAUCUCAACUUGAAAAGGAUUAUAACAAAAUUAAUGGGGAAAAUAUAAUGUAUUUUUCUUAUGGAUUUACUUCAAUGAUUGAUUUUCUCAAGUCUAUAUCGGAUGUCGUUUCUCUCAGGGGUUAUGGGAAUCAUAUCUUAUUGUAUCCCGUUAUUACAAAAGCGACAGAGCAUAUUAACUAUAUGGUACAAAAACAACGAAAAUCAUCGCAGAAACAACAUCGAUUUCAUUACAAAGCUUUUGAAUCUUUGAGAAACCACACAAAUUCAUGCCUUGACGAACCACUUUCUGGACUUGAUAAUUCAUUCACAAGUAACACUUCUGAUGAACGAGCGACGGAACUAUCUGAUUUUGAAGAUGACGCAUUCUUCGGACACUACCCUCCAAAUGCUAUGAGGCACGUAGAUGAAAUUGUUAAGAAUUGCAGUAUAACCGAAGAAGUAGAACCAAACGAAGGAUAUUACCCAAUUCGAAUUACUUACAUUCAAACUCCUUAUAAACUGUAUUUCCAACUUAAGAACAUCCGUUUUGAGAAAGCAAACAAUGCACUCCAACAAUAUUAUGAAAGCUUAGAUGAAAGUGAUUUUGUACUUAAUGAAAUAGACAUCCGCAAAACCCGUGUUUGUGUGGCAAAAUUUGAAGGGAAAUGGCAUCGAGCGGAAAUCGUGUCUGAAGAGCUAGAUGGUGAGGAUUGCUGUAAAGUAUUCUGUUUCGAUUACGGAGAAGUCAAACUAGUGAACCGAAAAUCACUAAAAUACCUGCUAAAAGAUUUUGGUAGCUUUUCUCGACAGGCUUAUCGUGGAAAAAUUGCUUACAUUCAGCCAAAAGGUAUUCGAUGGUCUCGUAUGUGUACUCAAAAAUUAAAAGAUUUCGUGCACGGUAUCUGGAUUUACGGAAAAUUAGAAUAUUAUAGUUUAGAAGAAUGUUGUCAUUACAUUAGUCUGUUUCAUACUUACACAAGCCAAGAUAUUAAUGUAAAGGACUAUCUAAUCUCCAAUUGUACUGAUGUCUUAGAAUCGUCCGAUGUAAAAGGAAAACAAAGCAGGGCACUUGCCAUUCCAACGUUUAAAAUGUUAGAACAAGGUUUUGGAACAAAUAAGGAACUUAUUGAUUAACCUUGUAAUAUUUUUAUUGCUUAAAGAUCGGUAAAAUUCAAUAAAUUAAUUUAA